GCCAGCGUCAGACUCAGGGAAAGAAAGGCUGAGUCACUCAGAUGUGGGAGGCAUAAACAGCCCAUCCAGUAUUGGGGUAGGUGACUCCCAUGGACCGGCUGCUCUGUUACCUAUGGUGAGUCGGCAUUGCCAUCUAGUGGCUCUCUGCCCUCUCGACUGCUCCGACCAGUUUGCUUCCUCAAAGCGGCUAAUGACAGGACUGAGGCAGAGUGAAUGGGGAGCUGUGGGCUUGAUGCUGGGACACCCCAUAGACACAGUGAAGGUUCGGCUGCAGACCCAGAACACGUAUAGGGGCAUCAUGGACUGUGUGAUCAAAACAUACCGCCGGGAGUCAGUCCUGGGCUUCUUUAAGGGAAUGAGCUUCCCCAUCGGCAGCGUGGCCGUGGUCAACUCUGUUCUCUUCGGGACCUACAGCAACUCCCUGCUCCUGCUCAGCUCUACCUCCCACCAGGACCGCAAGGCCCAGCCCCCCAACUAUGUCCACAUCUUUGUGUCAGGCAGCAUUGCAGGGUUUGUGCAGGCCUACUGCUUGGCUCCUUUUGACCUCAUCAAAGUUCGCUUGCAGAACCAGACAGAGCCACGGGCUGGGCCAGGAGUGGCCUCACCACAGUACAGGGGUCCCCUGCACUGCGCCAGGACCAUCCUCCGGGAGGAGGGGCCCCGAGGCUUGUUCCGGGGAGCUUGGGCUCUGGUGCUGAGGGAUACCCCGACUCUGGGCCUCUACUUCCUCACUUAUGAGGGUCUCAGUCGGUGGCUUACGUCAGACAGUAAGGAACCUGGCUCAGCUACAAUGCUGGUGGCUGGGGGCUUUGCAGGGAUAAUGUCGUGGGCCACAGCCACUCCUAUGGAUGUGGUCAAGUCACGGAUGCAAAUGGAUGGGCUUAAGCAUCGAGAGUACCGGGGGCUGCUGGACUGUAUGGUGACCAGUGCCCGGCAAGAAGGGCUAGGGGUCUUCUUCCGGGGACUGACCCUCAACAGCGCCCGGGCCUUUCCGGUCAAUGCCGUGACCUUCUUCAGCUACGAGCAUCUCCUCCGGUUAAUGAGCUGAGCCUUUUGUGUGGUGUCAGCCGCUCCCCCAGCAAGUUCUAACCCUGAGAGCCUGAAUCCUAAUUUGGUAGCCAAAAUCUGGUGUCAGUGGUAGAGGACCACCAGCCAAUCUGCCUCCAUUACCUAAACUGAGCAAAAGGACUCGGGCUUGGCCUGGGUGACAGUGACCCAUGAAGAGUGGGAUGGAGGGAAUGAAGACAAGCAUAAAGGACAGCAAAGAACAGGCCAUUCUGGGCUGGGCUGGGCUGGGCUGGGGUAGCCGGGAUGGCCACUGAGGGUCCUUCCAGCGCUAGAGGAGGAUCCUAAGGAGGUGACUGGGGAGGCGUGCCUGCUUAUUUGGAUGCAUGACCUGAGUCUGACCACUGCCACCUGUGGCUAAAAAUCAAUUUCCACUGCAGCCAGCCAGGGAACAGGUCUGUCCUCCGGGGACAGACAGCCUGUCCCUGGGUUCACCCCUGAAGCCUUUCUAGCCUGGUAGGACCUGCUACUGCUAAUGUGCCCAAGGCCUCCUCUCCCCCACUGGAGAAGGACUGUGGUGGAAUUUAGCAUAAGUGGUUGGGCUGGGUCACAAAU